AUGGCAGAAAUGGUAGAAAAAUGUGUUAUUUCAACCCUCCAGCUGGAAGGACUGUGGGAUGAGUAUCUGGAGGAGCUAAUUAACCAUAGUGAGCCAGACAGUGGAACUGCUGUAUCAUGGAGUGACAUUAUAGAAAAAAAUAGAAAAGAGAGAGAAAAAGAGAGAAAAAAAGAGCCAGAAAAAGUUCCAGAAAAAAGUCCUAUGCUCAAAAUGGUGGAAGAAGGAGCUAAGGAAAAGACAGAGAUGAAGGAAGUAAAGAAAAUAUAUGUUGUUCUGGUGAGCAGUAAAAAAGAAAAAGGCCUGGACAGAUAUGAGUGGAGUGCUGCAGUAAAUACUCAAGUAACAGUGUUAGAAGACAUUAGAAUGCUAACAAAAGAAGAAAGUGUGCAAACAGAAAAACUUUGGAAUGCAAACCAGAUACUGGAUGCGGGCCGAAAGCGAGCCAUACUGCUGAGCUCGGUGGGCAGCAAGACGUACAGUCUGAUGAGGAACUUAUUGAGUCCUGAUAAACCGGGGGAUAAGUCGUUCACGGAGUUGACAAGCUUACUUCAGUCCCAUUAUAACCCGAAGCCGAGUGCAAUAGUCCUGAGGUUCAAGUUAAAUUCGAGGACUAGGAUGGCCAAUGAAACGGUAACGGAGUAUGUGGCAGUGCUUAGGGAACUGGCGCAACAUUGUGAUUAUGGGGACAGACUGACUGAAAUGCUACGAGAUAGGCUCGUAUGUGGCAUUGCAGAUGACCGCAUUCAACGCAAAUUGUUAGCGGAGCCUGAGUUGUCGUUUGCAAAGGCCUUGAAGUUGGCACAGGCCAUUGAGACAGCAAAUAAAGACAUUCGUGAUUUACAACCGAGAAGCAUUGAAGGGGUGGGGAGCAGGAGUGUUAACCCACUGCCAGUGCAUAAAGUGGCCAUGGAGCAUAAAUCACAAGGGAAGUCUGGUCAGUAUGCUUGUUACAGGUGUGGUGGUGACCAUUUGUCACGGAACUGUCGUUUUUUAAACGAAAAAUGUCAUGCUUGAAAAAAGGGCCAUGUAAAGAAAAUGUGCCGGUCCAUACCCUCUAAGGUACAGCCACGAAAGGGGGAGGACAAAAGCAGUGUUAUGGACAGGAAGGUAAACCGAAAAAUAAAAGGGCAGUAUGCACACCACAUGCGUGAAGGGGAAAUAGUUCCUACGUUGGGAAUGGCAAAAGUAACUGUCAAACAUAAAGACAAAGUCAAGCAGUUGCCAGUCAUGGUGGUAGCAGGUAACGGACCAAACCUGUUAGGCCGAGCGUGGUUAAAAGAGUUGGACAUGGGUUGUUUGCAGCUCCAUAAAGUAGACCAGCAGGGCCUGACUUUGCAAGAUGUGCUGGAGAACAAUGAAGAAGUGUUCAAAGAGGAACUGGGUACCUGGAGGGGCCCACCAGCAAAGAUACAUGUUAAUGAAAACGCAACGCCAAGAUUUUACAAACCCCGACCCGUACCAUACGCAAUGAAAAAGAAAGUUGAGUUUGAGUUGGAGCGACUCACUAAGCAAGGUAUAAUUGAACCAGUAAAGUUUUCGGAAUGGGCGGCACCCAUUGUUCCAGUAUUAAAGCCAGAUGGUACUGUACGUAUAUGUGGUGACUACAAGUUAACAGUGAACCAAGUUUCGAAGCUGGAGCAGUAUCCAUUACCCAAGGUGGAGGAUGUGUUUGAAAAGCUGACGGGAGGUGAAAAGUUCAGUAAGCUGGACCUCAGUCAGGCAUAUCAACAAGUGAUUCUGGAAGAAGGGUCAAAGGCCUAUGUUACCCUGAACACACACAAAGGUUUGUUCCAAGUCAAUCGUUUACCUUUUGGGGUUUCCUCUAGUCCUGCGAUUUUCCAAAGAAUAAUGGAGGGACUGGUGGCAGGAAUUCCGAAGGUGGCUGUGUAUUUAGACGACAUCUUGUUGACGGGUAGGAACAAUUGAGAGCAUUUAGAGACACUGAACGAAGUACUGAGACGACUGCGAGAGGCAGGUCUGAGGGUGAAGCGGAGUAAAUGUGCUUUCAUGGAAAAGGAAGCAGAGUUCUUGGGUUACAAAGUGGAUGCAUCGGGCCUACACCCCCUGCCAAACAAGGUAAAAGCUAUCCAAGAGGCGCCUGCACCCACAAAUGUUACAGAACUGAAAGCCUACUUAGGCUUACUUAACUAUUAUAACAGGUUCCUGCCAAAUUUGUCAACGCUGUUAGCUCCUUUACAUAAGCUCUUAAGGAAGGAGACACGAUGGUCGUGGCAAGAGGAACAGGCCAGAGCGUUUGAGCAGUCAAAGGAACUAAUGCAAUCUUCAGAGGUUUUGGUGCAUUACGAUAGUCACAAGGACUUAAUUGUGUCAUGUGAUGCCUCACCUUAUGGGUUAGGAGCUGUAUUGGCACACCGGAUGCUAGAUGGACAAGAGAGACCUAUUGGUUUCAUGUCACGAACUUUAACGCCAGCAGAGUCAAACUAUUCCCAGCUAGACAAAGAGGGUUUGGCUGUAAUGUUUGGAAUUAAGAGGUUCCACAAAUACCUCUAUGGCAGGAAGUUUACUAUUUGUACCGAUCAUAAGCCUUUGUUGUCACUCUUCAACGAGAUGAAAGCUGUGCCGCAGAUGGUUUCUCCUCGAAUUCAGAGGUGGGCUGUAACUUUGAGAGCUUAUGAAUAUGAGAUUGUGUAUAAGCCAGGGACACAUCAUAGCAAUGCGGACGCGUUGAGCCGUCUGCCAAUACCAGGGCAGCUCAAGGAAGAGGAAACGGAGGACCGAGUUUUGAUGAUGGAGGACAUCACGUUGGUGUCUGCAAAGGAACUGAGUGUCUGGACACGGAAAGAUCCGGUAUUAGCUAAAGUAUUUCAGUGGGUCCAGCAAGGCUGGCCAAUCCAACAAACUGAUGCAGAUUUUCGGCCUUAUGAAGUGAGAAAAACAGAGCUGAGUGUGCAAGCUGGAUGCGUGUUGUGGGGGGCACGAGUGAUAAUUCCACCCCCAGGAAGACGUGCACUGUUACAGCAAUUGCAUCAAGGUCAUGUGGGCAUUACCCGAAUGAAGGCCUUAGCACGAAGUUAUUUUUGGUGGCCCAAGUUGGACCACGACAUUGAAGUCGCUGUGAAAGAGUGUAACAUCUGUCAAGAGCAUCGCAACUUACCGAUGGGGGCACCAUUACAUCCAUGGGAGUGGCCGAGCCGACCUUGGCAGAGACUUCACAUAGAUUAUGCAGGACCAUUUAUGGGAGCAAUGUUUUUGAUAAUCAUGGAUGCUCAUUCUAAAUGGAUGGAUGCCUAUCCAGUCAAAACACCCGCUUCUACCAUUACUAUUGAAUGCUUACGGAAGAGUUUCAGUAACCAAGGGUUGCCAGAGACUAUUGUGUCAGAUAAUGCUUCAUGUUUUACGAGUGAAGAGUUCAAGAGUUUUCUGAAAAAGAAUGGCAUUGGACAUGUCACGUCAGCGCCAUACCAUGCAGCUUCAAAUGGUUGUGCUGAAAGGGCUGUUCAGACCUUUAAAGCAAUGAUGAAAAAGGCCGGAGAAGGAAGUAUAGCAGCAAAAGUAUCAAGGGUGUUAUUCAACUACCGUAUUACACCACAGACUACCACGGGUUUGUCACCUGCCGAGAUGUUGCAAGGACGGAGAUUAAGGUCAAUAUUGGACUUGGUGUAUCCAAACAUCCGAGCUAAGGUAGAGGGGACCCAGUGGAAGCAAAAAGAACAUCAUGAUCGACGACAAAGAGAAAGAAGUUUUCUGGAGGGAGAUGCAGUGAUGAUGCGAAAUUUCAGUUAUGGACCA